GCGGGGCCGGCCGGGCUGAUCUCCGGCUCCGUCUCCUCGGGGGCGCGUCCCGCCGGCGAGGAUCCCCGGAGCGGCGGCAGGAGCGGGGCCGAUGGAGCGGGACCCGGGCGAGGACCCCGCGCCCCGGGCCCGGCGAGGGGGGCGCAGGAGGCGGCGGAGGAGGCGGCCGGACAGCCGGGCGCGCACUGUGCGCUCCGCCCUGCAGCCGCCGCCCGUCGGGGCGCACGGGGCCGAGGGCGCACGGGGGCCCCGAUGGCGAUGGCGAUGGGGAUGGAGACGGUGGGGACCCCGGUGGUGGCGGCCCCGGGGGCGCGGCGGCCCCGCCGACAACCGGCUGCAGGCCGGCGCGUGCGCGGCGCUGGCCCUGCUGCCCGGCGCCCUGUGCGGGCCGCUGCGCCGCGUGGCCAACGCGCACUUCGCGCUGGUGGCGCUGCUCAGCCUGGUGCCCGCGGUGAGCGCCUUCCCGCCCGGCCCGGCGCUGGCGCCCGUGCUGUUCCUGGGGGCCGCGGCCGCCGCCCGGGGCCUGUGCGCCGCCCUCCGCCGCCACCGCGCCGCCCGCGCCGCCGACCGCCGCCGCUGCCAGGUCUUCAGCGGGGAGCAGAAGCGGUUCCUGAGCCGGUGCUGGAAGGACCUGCACGUGGGGGACUUUGUGCGCCUGGGCCGCGACGAGAUGGUGCCUGCCGACAUCCUGCUGCUGGCCUCCAGCGCGCCGGGCGGCCAGUGCCACGUGGACACAGCCAGCCUGGACGGCGAGACGAGCCUCAAACGGCGGCAGGCGGUCCGCGGCUUCUCCGAGCCCGCCUCCGCCUUCGACCCUCUGACCUUCACCGGCGUCGUCGAGUGCGAGAGGCCCAACAACGACCUGAGCAGGUUCCGGGGCUGCGUCACGCACAGCGACGGGCGGAAGGCCGGGCUGCACAGGGAGAACCUGCUGCUGCGCGGCUGCACCGUCCGGAACACGGAGGCCGUGGUCGGCAUCGUCGUCUACGCAGGCCAUGAGACCAAGGCCCUGCUCAACCGCAGCGGCCCCCGCUACAAGCGCAGCAAGCUGGAGCGGCAGAUGGACAGGGACGUGCUGAGGUGUGUGCUGCUGCUCGUGGGCCUGUGCCUGGUGUCCGCCGUCGGCCACGGCGCGUGGGUGCGGCGGCACCAGGAGGAGGCGCUGUUCUGGGUCCCCGAGGCGGACGGCAGCUCCCGGUCCCCGGCCACCGCAGCGGCAUACUCCUUCCUGACCACGGUCGUCCUCCUGCAGGUGCUGGUCCCCGUCUCGCUGUACGUGUCCCUCGAGGUCGUCAGGCUGUGCCAGGCGCAGCUGCUGCAGCAGGACGCCGGGCUGAACGACGCGGGGGCCGACGCCCGGCCGCGGUGCCGCGCCCUGCACCUGGCCGAGGACCUGGGCCAGGUCCGCCACGUCUUCUCCGACAAGACCGGCACGCUCACCGAGAACCGGCUGGCCUUCCGGCGCUGCAGCGUGGCCGGCUGCGAGUACGCACACGGCGCGCACGCCCGGCGGCUGGCCCAGUACCAGGAGGCGGACUCGGACCCGGAGGAGCCAGGGCCCCGGGGCAGCAUCGGCAGCCGCCAGAGCUUCCGCCCGCUGCACCGCACGUACAGCAGCCCCAUGGAGGAGGACAUCAGGCCGGACCCCGAGCUGCUGGAGAAGCUGAGCGAGUGCGACCGGCGCCUGGCACUCGCCAGGCACCAGCCCCACCCGCUGGCCCACCUCCCGCCCGAGCUGGCCGACGUCUUUGACUUCUUCAUCGCCCUCGCCCUCUGCAACACCGUGGUGGUGUCCGCGCCCGACCAGCCCCGGCCGAGG